AUCUCGGCGGAUCUGGUGAUCAGGUUUUGGAGCUGGGAAAAUGGUUAAACUGGGGAACAAUUUCAGCGAGAAGACGAACGGGAAGGUGGUUUCUGAAGACGGCUUUGACACCAUCCCUCUCAUCACACCUCUAGAUGCCAGUCAGCUGCAGUUUCCACCUCCAGAUAAGGUGGUGGUGAAGACAAAGGCAGAUUAUGAUGCCGAGGCCAAGAAGGGGAAGCUACGAUCUCCCAAAAUCGCAGAGUUCUCCAUAAGCAUCAUCGAAGGUGUUUCUGAGCGACUCAAAGUGACCUUGCUGGUGAUCUGUGCCCUGGCCUUCCUGGUGUGUGUGGUGUUCCUGGUUGUCUACAAGGUGUACCAGUAUGAGCAGCCUUGUCCUGACAGCUUCGUAUACACGCAGCAAGGCCGCUGCAUGCCGGCCGGCCUCUACAGUAACUACCCCCCUCAGGGCCCUGGGGGCCGCGGCCGUCUCUUCACCCUCAUCAACCACUACAACAUCGCCAAGCAGACCAUCACCCGGUCGGUAUCGCCCUGGAUGACCAUCAUGUCCGAGGAGAAGGUCACCCAGCAGGAGACGGAGACGGCCCAGAAACUGGCCUAACCCCCCCCCCCUCCACCCCCGGGACAAGGGGGGGCGAGGGAGAGGCCUCCUCUGCUGCCCAGAAAUAAAUAAUAGGGUUGUGCCAUUCAAGCAAACCUCGCAGUCCCGUGGCUUUCUGUGGGUGAAAAAUCGACGUCUCUUGCCCGAGGUGCUCGGCUGCCGUGGUCGCUGCGAUUCGGCCGGCUGAUGUUUGCCGUAACAGGAAAUCUGUGGAAAUUCUGAUCGUGUUUUCAGUGAACGCAGGCGUCGGGUCGGGGCAGAUUCUCGGUUUGUUUGAAUAGCAUAUGUCGUUAUUUAUUUACACUUUGAGACGGAGUGGCCGACGUGUAGAAAAAAAGCCACAGAAA